AUGUCCAAGCAGGGUCAACAAGAGAUACAGCCAGAUGCCCCAACAAUAGUCAGCCCGAGCUCGCCGUUCGCUACCAACCCCGCGCCUUCCCCCUUGGCAGAUGCGACCGCAGCAGAUGGGGCGCCCAACAACGAUGCAGAGGCCGAGCGGUCGGAAACAAUUGCCUCGGAUAAGACUGCGAAGACCUCAUCUGAGGAAGAGCGCUCUCAAGAUGGCGAGGAGCAGCUGGAAGAGGCCCGAGAAGGAUCGAGACACAAACAACCCCUCGACACAUUCAAAACGCCCGCUCCUUCGCGCAGUUCUGCCGCUACUCCAUCAGCACCCAAUGCACCAGCGCCCAAUCCUGCCCUUCAAGCGCCCCCUGCUCAGACGCCUGCCUCCAGUGCAACGCCCGCUCCGGGCGGAGGCAGCGCGGCCGGGAUGGGCGUAGAUCUGGCAGAGUUUGACCCUUACGCUACUCCUGUGCCGUCAAGCUCGGAAUCUGGGCAAGAGAAAGAGAAGGAUGCGAGCGCGGGAUCAAAGGUGAAGGUAGAGGAAAGCCAAGCAAUGACACCCACUUCCUCUUCUCAAGGCCGUGCUAGGGCGGGCGAGGCGGCAGCAGGGAAGCGUCCAGAAGAAAGCGUAUCCGAGGUAGAGAGAGGUGAAGAAGAAGAAGAGGAGGCGGAAGAGUCGAAGGAGCCACAAUUCAACUUUUCCGAAUUCUUGAAGGAUCUCAAGAUGAAGAGUGCGGAUCCUGUUGCCCGGUAUCUCAAGAGCUUCCUAUCCAACUUUGUGAAGAAGCCGUUCACGGUGAAUGAGCAGAUCAAGCUCAUACAUGAUUUCCUCGACUUCAUUUCGGAGAAGAUGCUUCUGGUGGAGCCAUGGAAAUCCCAAUCACCAGCAGAGUUUGACAAUGCUAUGGAAGCUAUGGAGAAACUUCUUGUCGCCUCUCAACCCAUUACCACCGACGAUUUGGAACGAGACGCCGUCUUCCAGCAAAGAGUCAGGCUGUUCGGAUGGAUCAGAGAGAAACAUCUGGACGUACCCGAGGGAGAGGCGGCCGUUGGUUUCUUGGGCUUUGCAGAGCAGGAGCUACUCAAGAUCAGUCUGAUACGCAACACGUACGGCCCUUCGUCCGGUAGUGCCGAUGCCUUCAUCCCCAUCCUGAUCUUCACACUUUUGCGAGCCAAUCCACCGAAUCUGAUCUCCAACAUUGAAUACAUCCAACGCUUCCGUCGCCCCUCUGCUCUUUCUGGAGAAGCCGCAUACUACCUCUCUUCUCUGAACGGAGCGGUGCAAUUUGUAGAAACGAUGGAUGCCGGGUCGCUAUCGGGGAUAAGCCAGGAAGAGUUUGAAAAGAAGGUGGAAGAUGCUAUCGGAGAAUUGCCGCCAUCGCCUAGCGAUGCGAUGGGUGGGGACAGUCUGGCAAGAGGGGUGAGGACGCCGCGAAGGGGCGAGGACGACCGUAAAGAACGGGAGCGGGCCGCUGCGGGCGUCUCUCCUUUCCAGACCCCUGCGCCAGGUGAAGAAGCGGCGCGCCCGCUCUCCAUGAUGACUGCACAGGCGUCGUUGGAAGGUACGAAAAGAUGGUUUACAAAGACAGCGGGGACUACGGCGGGCAACUUGGGCAAUCUGGUGCAGGAAGGUGUGUCGAGGCCUCUCAGUGCGAUAGGCAAGAUCUUGGAGGGAAUGUCGCCUGCACCGGGAUCGGAACAUAGGCAAGGGCAGAGGAGUGAAGAUGGGAGUGACGAGGAGAGCCCGAGGAGAGGGGAUAGGGAUGUAUUCGGAGUGAGACGGUUUAGAGAGAGGGAGAGGGCGGGAACACCAGAUAGCCCAUUAAGGUUCUUGGGUGUUGAGGAUGUCGAUUCCAGAUCCACGACACCCCUUUCAGAAACACUUCCUGAUUUCUCGUCCCUCCAGCUCCAAGCCUCCAAUGCGCAGUCUCAUUCUUCCGAGAUGACACAUCGCGCCAACGUUCAAACUCUGGGACAAAUGUUUCCAGCCCUGGACGAGGAUGUGGUGGAAGCAGUAUUGGAUGGAUGCGGGGAAGAUUUGGGGCUGGCUAUUGAUCGGUUAUUGGAGAUGUAG